AUGAUUGAAGACUUGAAGAAAGAUCUAAUGGAACAGCAAGCCUUGGAGUUACGUUCUGAAUGUGACGAAACAUCGGAUGAGGACCAUGAGCCUCCCAGGAAUUGGAGCAGUACACUGCGUCAAAUCAAGCAAUUAAAAUCUGAGAACAAAAGGCUCAAAGAAAGCAAUUAUAAACAAAUUGUAGAAGCAAUCAGGGACCUGCCAGCUGUUGUUCAAAACUUAAGACACAUAACUGAGCAGCUUUCAUCGUUCUCAAAGUCUUCCUCUGCCGAAUCAACACCUGUGCGACUAGUGCGAUCUGAACACUUGCCUGUAUCCUCUCCUGCAUCUCCUCAAGAGGAGUCUGUUUGA